ACGUCGGGUGAAUGGUCAGCCCCAGAGGCGGUUGAGGGCUUCCCAGGACGGGUUCGGUAGGCAGGGCUCUGCGUGGGGCCUGGAAUUCGAGUCAAAGCUUGGACCAGAGCUCCUCCUGAGGAUGCUGAAGGGGUUGGUGAUGUUCAAAGAUGUGGCUAUACAUGUCUCUCAGGAGGAAUGGGAAUGCCUGAACCCUGCCCAGAGGAAUUUGUACAAAGAUGUGAUGUUGGAGAACUAUAGCAACUUGGUUUCACUGGGACUUUCUGUUUCUAAGCCGGCUGUGAUCUCCUCAUUGGAGCAAGGGAAGGAGCCCUGGAUGGUUGUAAGGGAAGUGACAGGAGGACCAUGCCCAGACUUGGUGUCCAAGUGUGAGCCCAAGAAGUUGUCUCCAAAAAGAGACAUUUUUGAGACAGAAUCAUCCCAUUGGGCUAUCAUAGAAUCAUUCAAAAGCCAUAAUCCUGAUAAAUCCAUUUUCAGAGACAUUUGGGAAUGCAAAAGUCAAUGUGAGAGACAACUGGGAAAACAGGAGGGCUAUUUCAGGCGAUUCAUUGUCAACCAUGAACACAUGUGCAUUUUUAGCCAACACGUUUUGUUCACUCAGGAAUUUUAUAAUAGACAGAAAAUCUUUGAAUGUAAAAAAUGCAGAAAGAACUUAAGUUACCAUGUAUUUUUUAAUCCUCACAAAAGAACUCAUUCUAAAGAGGAACCUUCUGAAUGUAAGGAAUGUGCAGAAACUGUUGCUACAUCAUACUUUCGUAAACAACAGGGAAUUCAAGGUAAUAACAAGUGCAGUGAAUGUAAGGAAUGUUGGAAGGCCUUUCUUCAUUGCUCACGACUUAAACAACAUUUGAGAAUUCAUAAUGGUGAAGAACGCUAUGAGUGUAAAGAAUGUGGGAAGGCCUUUAAUUAUGGCUCAAAGCUUAUUCAAUAUCAGGGAAUAGACACUGGUGAGAAACCCAAUGAAUGUAAGGAAUCCGGGAAGGCCUUUAUGCAACUAUCACAACUUACUCAACAUCAGAGAUUUUAUACUGGUGAAAAACCCUAUGUGUGUAAGCAAUGUGGGAAGGCUUUUAUUUGUGGCUUUCAACUUACUGAACAUCUGCAGCUCCAUACUGGUGAGAAACCCUACGAAUGUAAAGAAUGUGGGAAGACUUUCAGGCAUCAGUCACCCCUUACCAUACAUCAGAGAAUCCAUACUCAUGAGAAACCCUAUGAGUGUAAAGAAUGUGGGAAGGCCUUUAAUUAUGGCUCAGAACUUAUUCUGCAUGAGAGAAUUCACACUGGUGAGAAACCGUAUGAAUGUAAGGAAUGUCGGAAGGCCUUCAGGCAGCGAUCACAACUUACUCAACAUCAGAGACUUCAUACUGGUGAAAAACCCUAUGAAUGUAAGCAAUGUGGGAAAGCUUUUAUUCGUGGUUUUCAACUUACUGAACAUCUGCGACUCCAUACUGGUGAGAAACCCUACGAAUGUAAAGAAUGUGAUAAAACUUUCAGGCAUCGAUCACACCUCACAAUACAUCAGAGAAUUCAUACUGGUGAGAAACCCUACGAAUGUAGAGAAUGUGGAAAGGCCUUUAGCUAUCACUCAAGCUUCUCUCACCAUCAGAAAAUUCAUUCUGGCAAAAAACCUUAUGAAUGUGAUGAAUGCGGGAAGGCCUUCUGUGAUAGCUUACAGCUUAAUCUACAUAGGAGGAUUCAUACUGGUGAGAAACCCUAUGAGUGUAAAGAAUGUGGGAAGACUUUUAGACAGUGCUCACACCUCAAAAGACAUCAGAGGAUUCAUACUGGUGAGAAACCUCAUGAAUGUAUGAGAUGUGGGAAGGCCUUUCGACUUCAUUCACACCUUAUUCAACAUCAGAGAAUUCAUACUGGUGAGAAGCCCUAUGAAUGUAAGGAAUGUGGGAAGGCCUUUAGCUAUCAUUCAAGCUUCUCUCACCAUCAGAGAAUUCAUUCUGGGAAGAAAUCAUAUGAAAGUGGGAAAGCCAUUGUUCAUGGCUUACAAUGGAAUCUACAUCAGACAACUUCAUACUGUUGAGAUGUCAGUAAGGUUUCCUCUCCCCCCCAUCCUAGUCUAGUAUCAUGAAAUUAUUUUUGGAGAUAAACAUUUUCUUUUUUUCUUUAAGGAAAAUGUUGGUAAAAUAUGGGGUUUCAUUUGUAUUGAUUUAUUUUAGUAACUCUUGAAAUCUUUUCUCCCCCUCAAGGGAAAAAAUGGAAAAGUUAUUAAAAGGAAAAAAAAAAUGCUCUGGUUUCAGUGCUGCUUCUGAGUUAUCGAAAUGAUCAGUAUUGGAAGUAAAUUUUGUAAAACUGUAUAUGUUUUCACUGAAACCAGUAAAGUGGGGCAGAAAUAAAAUGAAAACUAUUUCUUCCUCUCCCACAAAUCUCUGAGAUACCAAUAUGUGUGUGUUGCUUUUUUCUACCUGCUUAAACAUAUCUGCACAUGUGAAGGGUUUAUUCCAUGUGUGGGAAAGGUUUUACGUCCUGUAGUGACAUAUUGCAUGGCAAUUUGCCCUUUUCACUUAAAUAAUCACGGACAU